AUGCCCUGUUUUCACUUGACAUCGGCCACCGAAUUGUUUUACUGGUCCUCGGACCGUAGCGGGAAGGAGAAGAUUGCGGAAAGUGACUGGGAGCAGUAUGGGAUUUCAAGCAUGAAAGUAGAGACAUCGAUCGGAUCACUCUGGGGGUCCCAGCACCCGUAUCUUGCAGUUCGGGACUUUCUUCGCUUUGGAAAUUAUGACCUGGAUGGUGGGCGAUUUGCAAGUGAACAUGGGUACCCUAUUCUCAUCAAAGGCGACCCUCAUGUCCGGGUUGAACACUGCCUAAAAUGGGCAACCUUUCUACCCUCGUUGAAAAUAUCCCAAAAUCGAUCCGCUGAAAAAUGGUAUUGUGGGUUAGGAAGAAAGCGAUCGAGUGAAACGGACACCAUAGCGCCUGUAUACACUCGUGCUCUCACUAAGGAGGGAAAAGUUUUCUACAGAAAGGACGGAAAAUUCGUAGCUCGGGCAUCUAUUCCACCUGAAGACUUGACUGUCCUCGACGCAGCUCCCGCCUCGCCUCCAUCGUCACCUACUUCCCCCAAAGCGGAAUUCAGUCCUCGAGCAGCCGCACGUCGCGAACUUUUCGACUCCACAUCUCGUCCUAAUCUCAUCUACACUACAACUCCCAUCAUGAAUACUGACUCGUCUUCUCCAAGUGGUUCUCAACCAGCAGACACCACUCCACCGCCUAUGCCUACGGUCACUUCUGCUUCCGGACAGACGGUCACGAUGUCUAUGGAAGAGAUGAUGCGCAUGGUUGUAUCGUUGUCAUCGCAACUAUCGACGUCUUCUCCUGCAGCUACAUCUACCACACCAGUCCAACCUGCCAUCCCUGCUUUCAUCUCAGUUCCCACACCCGAACGUAAGUCUCUCUUUGAUGCUUUUCCGUGUUUGGAGGCAGGCACGCUUUUGGCGGUUACCCGCCAUGAGAUUCCCCCACUCGAUAUUCGCAAACUUGACCCGAUUCUGCUUAAGAAGGCUUUUGACGAGGGAACCCUUGCUGCAGUGGGCAGCCAUUCAGGCUGCGCUAAAGAUUACCCCUCCCUCGCUUCCCUUCUCCCCCCUCUCGGUCUCUACUUCCAGAUUCUCAUCCAUUUUGCCACUUCUGGUGGCCAACUCGACAUUGUCUCAGCUCUCGCUACCGGCAUGCUGCAGUACAUUCUGCAUCUGACAGAUCUCAACCAACGUUACGAAUGGCAUGCAGUCCUUACCUAUCACAUGAGCUAUCACGCCGAUCGCCGCCGUGAAAUGGUCAACAACAUUUAUACGGGCUGGGGUAAACCCUCGAGUGACCUCAUCACAGAACAUCUUCAAGGACGGGAGAUCCAACGACGAGCUAAGCAGUCUGAUGCGGGAUCAUCUCAAAAGUCUACUCCUAAGAAGCCGAAGGUUCCCAUAGAGCAGCAAACCUGCUUCGCUUUCAAUACUGGGUCCUGCACUUACAAUCCUUGUAAACGCAUUCAUCAAUGCUCAUCUUGCCAAAGCAAGGACCAUACAGUGGUGUCCUGCUCGAAGAAAUCCUCUUGA